GAACCCGGAAACGCCUGCGCCGCACUGAGCUGGCGGCAGCGAUUACAGAGGGAACCGGCGGCGCUGCGGGUCAGCGGUCCCGGCUGACCCGUCGGGGUCGUCAGCCCGGGGCGCCCGGCGGAGCUGAGCCGCGGCCCCCAGUGCGCGCAGCCGGCCGAGCUGUGCGGGAGGCACAUGAAGAUAAAACAAUGUCUGCCAACCUAAAAUACUUGUCCUUGGGAAUUUUGGUCUUUCAGACUACCAGUUUGGUUCUGACAAUGCGUUAUUCUAGGACUUUAAAAGAGGAGGGACCUCGUUAUCUAUCUUCUACAGCAGUGGUUGUUGCUGAACUUUUGAAGAUAAUGGCCUGCAUUCUAUUAGUCUACAAAGAUAGCAAAUGUAGUCUAAGAGCAUUGAAUCGAGUACUACAUGAUGAAAUUCUAAAUAAACCCACGGAAACACUUAAACUUGCUAUUCCAUCAGGGAUAUAUACUCUUCAGAAUAAUUUACUCUAUGUGGCACUGUCAAAUCUAGAUGCAGCUACUUAUCAGGUCACAUAUCAGUUGAAAAUUCUUACGACAGCAUUAUUUUCUGUGUCUAUGCUUAGUAAAAAAUUAGGUGUGUACCAGUGGCUCUCCCUAGUAAUUUUGAUGACAGGAGUUGCUUUUGUACAGUGGCCCUCAGAUUCUCAAGAGCUUGAUUCUAAGGAACAUUCAGCUGGCUCUCAGUUUGUAGGUCUCAUGGCAGUUCUCACAGCAUGUUUUUCAAGUGGCUUUGCUGGGGUUUACUUUGAGAAAAUCUUAAAAGAAACAAAACAAUCGGUGUGGAUAAGAAACAUUCAGCUUGGUUUCUUUGGCAGUGUAUUUGGAUUAAUGGGUGUAUACAUUUACGAUGGAGAAUUGGUAUCAAAGAAUGGAUUUUUUCAGGGAUAUAACCAACUGACCUGGAUAGUUGUUGUUCUUCAGGCACUUGGAGGCCUUGUUAUAGCUGCUGUUAUUAAGUAUGCGGAUAAUAUUUUAAAAGGAUUUGCAACCUCUUUAUCCAUAAUAUUAUCAACACUGAUAUCCUAUUUUUGGCUACAAGAUUUUGUGCCAUCCAGUGUCUUUUUCCUUGGAGCCAUCCUUGUAAUAACAGCUACUUUCUUAUAUGGCUAUGAUCCCAAACCUGCAGGAAAUCCCACUAAAGCGUAGUUGUGUACUAUCUUUAAAUGGUUUUUCAUGAUGGUGUACUAGGAAUCUCAACAUUAAUCUUGCACAGAGGACUUCUACAGAUUCUGUGAAGAUGUCAUCAUUAAAUCUGAUCAUACUGUUCAAAUGGUUUGAAAAUAUAUUUAAGGAUAAAAUAUGUGUAUAUGUAACAACAUACAAUGCAUCUAGAAAUCAAAACUUGAAAGUAUUUCCAGGGAUUAUAAUUAGAAGGAAUAUUGGAGGAAACUUGAAAUCUGAGUUUAAAAAGAUAUUACAUUUUUGAUUGCUGCAGAAAUGUUCUAUGCACUCUUUGCAAUAGCACAUGACAAAUGUCAGAAAUCAAUUUUUGCAAAUUAGGUCUAUUUAAUCUCAUUAAACGUUUUUUAUCUUACUCUUUCUGUACAGAUAUAUCAAAUCACAUGGAAUAGUCAAAGUUUGAAAAUUAUUACCUAUAAAGCUCUGAAAAAAUAGAAGUAUGAUUUGAAAAAACAUUUUCAUGUAUCUGAGAUUUUUAUAUUUAUACAAAAGACUAUUAAAGGAUUGCUGAAUAUUAUUUGUUCAACUACAUAACAGUUGAUAAAGUAGUAGUACACUAAGUCUGAUUUGUCAGAGACUAAAAUCAUAUUUGAAUUUAAUGUAGAGAUUCACAUAUCUAUUUCUCCAUAUACACAUAAGACCUUUUAAUGCUUUGAGACUGCUAAAAGCAGUCCGUUUGCUCCUGUGCUAGAUAGUGGCCAGUGAUUUUUGCACUAAUGGAAUUUUGCCCUUAAUCUCUUAAUUGUAUUUCUUUUCUGUAAAUCAGAUAAAUAUACUUAAUAAUCAGAUAAAUAUACCUUAAUAUACUUUAAGUUAAACUUGUGUGUUAAUUGCCAUUAAAGUUCUGAAAUGUAAUUUAAAGGGGUUAAAUAUUCAUUUAAUAAUUUAAAAUAAAAAAUAUUAUUGUCUAAUAUCUCCAUUUAGAAAAUUUUGAACUAUCAAGCAUAUACUGUAUACAACUAGAAAGUUUUUAAAUGAAUAUUUUACUCAUUGAUCUGUAAAAACUUCCUUUAAUCUACAAUUGUUGACAAAAACCAAAACCAAAAAUCUACUAGACAGUGGACUGAGACCAAAAUGGCUUUUCUUGAAGACAUUCCAGAUUGCCAUAUUACAUUAAAUAGUGCUAUAACUUUAAAUUCAAUGCUGCUCAGAACUUUUUACAUCUCUCAGAAAUCCAUUAUCCCCAGGAAUAGUCUGAUGAUAUGACUGGGAGAGGUAGCUGAAUUCUGAGUACCCUUUCUAUGUCCCGACAAAAGCUGCUGGGAAGGAGCCACCAUUUUGGUUUAAAAUAGUGGGGUUUUUUUCUUUUUUGAUUAACACUGGAGUUGAGGAUGCAAAUUACAUGAGUUAUUUAAUAAGUUUUUCAAGGGAAAGAGACUAUAUUAGAAAUGAUAAGAUGAAUUGGUGGGCAAAAAUGCUUUCUGUAAUUGGAAUAUGGUUUUUAUUUAAUUAUUGACUAUAGGCAGAAUUACCUAUUGAGUAUAAGAAGUAUUUUACUUUAUUUUUCUCAGUCAUAUUGUAUAUAUUUUUAAAAGUCUGUCCUAAAAGAUAUAAAAACUAUUUAAAAAUAAAUAUUUUUAUGUAGUUCUAAUGGAUUUCAUUAAACAGAAUUUGGCUUAAAAAUACUAUGUUAUAAACUGUUGGAGACUCUUGGCUAAUUUGAAAUGGCAGUGUUACCUUGCUAAUGCAAACAUAGUAUCUACAUAUUGCAGUCCUAAUCAAUUCCAUCCACAGUUUAAAAGUGUUCAAAAUCAGUUUGCUGGUGACUGCAAAUUGGUACCAGGUGAACUUUCAGGAUGCCCGAUUUAUGAUUUUCAGUAACUACCACAUUUUGAGCAUGGUGUUUUUAGACUCCAACAAUAUUCAGAUUUCCAUCUUAUUACCUACUGCUAAAUGAUAUCUCAAUCCUGCAAAUAUACAGAAUUCAAGACUAAAUAUAAAGAUUUAUGUUCGGCUCAAAUUGAAGUACUGGUUGAUUACUCAUGAAUUAAUUCAGUGUGCAUUAACAAUUAAUUGUUAACUCAGGUUUAGUCUGCCCCUAUUUUAGCACUUCAAAAAAUUAUACAAAUUAUUAGAUAUUAGACAUGUCAGUUACAGUAAUAACACAUUUUUAGGUAUCCAAAAUAACACAAUUUCCAAGAUUUCUAACAAAGGUUAUAAAAGUGUAAUCAAAGAGUUGUGAAAAUGGACAAAAUAGUCUAAAGUGUAUUUUCAAAGCAAGCUUUCAUUAGACAGAAUUUAUAUCUUGCUUUUCUAGUAGUUUUGAAAAUGUUAUUAGAGAUUAGGCUGUAUAGUUUUAUAAUUUUUAAAUCAUAAAGAAAUAAUCAUACCUGAGAAGGUGGGCAUUUGUCCUAGAUCAUGUCAUAUAUACAGAUGAUACCAUUUUCUUGUGUGUGGUGUGUGUUUUGAUGACCUCCAAAUGCCUUAUUGUAUCAAGCUUUUAUAAUGAUGACUCCUUGAUUAUUUAAAUUCCUAUACUUUUAAAAGUUUAUUUGUUAUGUCUCAACUACUUUGUUCAAUGUGAAAAUGUGCUAAUUCAUGGAAGAAGAGUGCCAAUUGAUAGUUCUAUUAAAAAUUAAGAAUGUGAUAUUUGGGAAGAAAAGUUUGGAAUGCAAUAGGUAAAUGUUUCAACACAGUAAUAUCAAUUUUUUAAUAUGUGAUUUUAGAGAAGCCGUAAGCUACUUUUAUGAUAUAAUAUAUAGUUUAGAGAUGCAAAUCUUAAAUGUUUACAUCAGUUUAUAUUGAAUGUUACAGAAUUUCAUAGAUGGAAAGGUAAACUAGAUUCUAAGGAGAUAGAAUCUGAAAGGAAACUAAUUGAGACUUUAUGUUCUGUACACUUAGAAUAAUGCUGACUAUUCAUACAUGUCAAAUUACUGGACUUUUAAAAUGUCAUUGUAGUCAUUCAACUGAGUUGGAUAUUUUUGUUUUAAAUACAGGGUUUAGCAUUACUCUUUUUAUUUACAUUCACUGUUAUAAUAUUUAAUUACUAUGGAUGUAUGUUUUACAAAAGAAAAUGUUUAUAAAAAUUAUUUAUGCUAUACUGAAAAUCAUCUUAAGAAUCUCCAGAAUAUUUAAUGUAGUUAUAGGACCAAAGGAAAAGCACCUUUAUCAAAAUCUGGUCCUAUGUGCCUUGCUUUACCAAAUACCUGAGUUUUCUGGAGGGUAUUUCUAUAAUUCACAACUUUAGACACAUUGGCAAAAUUAGGAGGUUUUAAGAAUAACUAUAAUUCUAUUUUUUUGUUGUUACAACAUUUUCUCUUUAAAUCCAUUAUCUUACAAUAUUUAGAAUAGGUAUAUUAUAAAAGUGGUAGUAAAGAGUGCUUAUUUAAAUUGUGGUACCAUUGCUCCAUCAUUGAGUUUUUUUUAAAUUCAACAGUUGCAUAUAAUUGUCAUUUUACUGUUUCAUUUCUUAUUACAAGAUAUAAUUUACUAUGACUUUUAGAAUAUGUUUUAAAUGAUUUGGAUCCUGAAUUUGUCUGUCUAUAUUUCAUUUGUUUAGAAACAUUCUUUUGUGUUUGGGAAUUUGUAUAUUUAAAUUUUUUAUGGACAUAAUUCAAAGGAAUGUAUAAACUGGUCUUUUGUUAAAUGGCUUUCUAAUUGAUAAAUUUCUCUUGUCAUUUUUUGGUA